AUGGAGUCUGAGCAUCAGUUGACGAACAGAUUUCUGGAGGGACUUCGCAAGGAUAUUCGGACUCUAUGCAGGAGUAGUAUGCACACUUCGAGGGCGAGUCUGUUUCCUCGUGGUUCGUGUUUUGGGUGUGGGAGCACGGAGCAUCGUGUUUCGAGUUGUCCCAAGAGGGACUCAGCACCGAGGGUGUGCUACUACUGCAAGGAGCCUGGGCAUAUCAAGCCCAUGUGUCCUAAGUUGCGGAGUAUGUCGGUGGCUUCGGUUCAGCCAGUAGCGGCUCAGCCAGUGAGUCAGAUCGCAGCAGUGCAGCCGUUGGGUCAGAUUGCACCGGCGCCGCGGGGUUACUCUUCAGUGGAGACUGGCGGGACUAGUCAGACCGGGCAGAUCACAGGUAAAUCUUCGACUCAGACUUUGUAA